AUUUUUGGAAUCGAUGGAUUCUUCACAAGGGUCUACCAUUGCUGGUUUCGUGGACAACGCAUCCAUUCAGAGGAAACAGUCUAGUUUUGAUGGCGUUCCUGUGUAUGUCAAGGAGCUAAUUGCCGGAGGCUUUGCUGGUGCGCUUUCUAAAACCGCUGUUGCACCUCUCGAACGAGUCAAGAUACUUUGGCAGACAAGGACACCUGGAUUUCAUUCUCUUGGGGUGUAUCAAUCUUUGAAUAAAUUAGUCAAGAGGGAAGGUUUUCAAGGAUUAUAUAAGGGAAAUGGGGCUGGUGUUAUUCGCAUUGUUCCAUAUGCAGCCUUGCAUUUUAUGACAUAUGAGCGCUACAAAAGUUGGAUCUUGAAUAAUUAUCCAAUGUUAGGUUCGGGUCCUUGUAUUGAUCUUUUAGCAGGCUCUGCUGCAGGGGGAACUUCAGUUGUAUGUACCUACCCGUUGGAUCUUGCUCGUACCAAACUUGCUUACCAGGUGGUGGACACAAGAGGAGGUAUCAAAGAUGGUAUGAGAGGAGCUCAACCUACACAUAAUGGCAUUAAAGGUGUGCUCACAAGUGUCUAUAAGGAAGGCGGAGCCCGUGGACUUUAUAGGGGUGCAGGACCAACCCUUACUGGAAUUCUUCCAUAUGCUGGUUUAAAGUUCUACAUGUAUGAAAAACUGAAGACUUACCUUCCAGAAGAACAUCAAAAGUCCAUUGUGAUGCGUCUUUCUUGUGGAGCUCUAGCUGGAUUGUUUGGGCAGACUUUAACAUACCCUUUAGAUGUUGUCAAGAGACAGAUGCAGGUUGGCAGCCUGCAGAACGCUACUCAUGAGAAUGUCAGAUAUAAAAAUACCAUUGAUGGACUUAGGACGAUUGUUCGUAAUCAAGGAUGGAGGCAGCUCUUUCAUGGCGUAAGCAUUAACUAUAUAAGGAUUGUUCCUUCGGCUGCAAUUAGUUUCACCACAUACGACAUGAUGAAGUCUUGGCUUGGCAUACCACCACCUCAACAGCAAAAGUCUCGAUCAGUUUCGGUGGUGGACACAAGAGGAGGUAUCAAAGAUGGUAUGAGAGGAGCUCAACCUACACAUAAUGGCAUUAAAGGUGUGCUCACAAGUGUCUAUAAGGAAGGCGGAGCCCGUGGACUUUAUAGGGGUGCAGGACCAACCCUUACUGGAAUUCUUCCAUAUGCUGGUUUAAAGUUCUACAUGUAUGAAAAACUGAAGACUUACCUUCCAGAAGAACAUCAAAAGUCCAUUGUGAUGCGUCUUUCUUGUGGAGCUCUAGCUGGAUUGUUUGGGCAGACUUUAACAUACCCUUUAGAUGUUGUCAAGAGACAGAUGCAGGUUGGCAGCCUGCAGAACGCUACUCAUGAGAAUGUCAGAUAUAAAAAUACCAUUGAUGGACUUAGGACGAUUGUUCGUAAUCAAGGAUGGAGGCAGCUCUUUCAUGGCGUAAGCAUUAACUAUAUAAGGAUUGUUCCUUCGGCUGCAAUUAGUUUCACCACAUACGACAUGAUGAAGUCUUGGCUUGGCAUACCACCACCUCAACAGCAAAAGUCUCGAUCAGUUUCGGCAGCAUGAUUGCUCAAUGCUCACCCUUAACGGCAACAAGUUACGAUGUUACCUUCUUACUGAACUAAUUUUACAGGAAUAUCUCUAACUGAGUAUUACUGCAUAUUCACAGAUAUACCGAUUAAAUUAACUAAUGUCCAAUUUUGUUUGUCAUAUCUUGAGAGUUCCAUAUUUAUGCUACUCAUUUUUUCCUUGUCCUUAAAAUUUGUAUAGACUCAUACGAACUAUGGAUGCAAUACAAAGGUAGUUAUUUCCCCUUGAAAUUUCUAA